CUAUUAGCAGCUGCUCGGUUCGGCUCGGAUUAUGUGUGACAACACAGGAUGUAAGAUCGGUAACACGUAGCUCCUGAGUUGCUAACAGAUACGAUGCUAUGGUUAGCCUUUGUUCCGCUGGCUAGCACUUGGCAAUUAGUCUGAAGGUGCUCUGUUACCAUGGAGACCACUGUUACUGUGCAGAACUACACUGACGUUUCCAUGGCAAACAACACAGAGGUCCACAUGUCAGACCAAACCUCUUCUCCUAUUGAAGAGCUAACAAAGCCAGCUGCCCGCCAACCCCGCAACCGAGCCAGUGCCACCGGGAGGCGGAGUCAGAGAGGGAAGAGGCGGGGCACCGUGAACAAGAAGCGGGGCCUGGUUGAUAAGAGGCGUGGUCAAAAGGAUAAGAGGCGUGGUCAGGAGGAGAAAGGGGGCGUGACAGUGAAGAGGACACUGAGUGGUGGGAAACGACGUUGGGAUAAGAAACAUUACUGUGUGUUCUGUCGACGGCCCCAGGUCAAGAUUGCUCGUCACCUGCUAAGAAAACACGCCGAUCAACAAGAAGUGAUGGCCGCCAGCACUUUGCCGACGGGCUCCAAACAGCGGCACCUACUGCUGGAGCACCUGCGCUGUAGGGGCAACUACCUGCACAACAUUGAGGUGAUCAGACAGGGCAGGGGUGAGAUUGUCCCGCGACGUCAACCCACAGAGGACGUUGAUGCGAGGAACUACCUUCCCUGCCCGCUCUGCCUCGGUUUCUUUCUUCGCGCUGAUCUCUGGAAACAUCAGGUUUGCUGUCGUAAGAAGCUGGCCUCCGACUCCACCUCCACCAUCUCUGACCCCGUGAUGGACGCAGCCUCUGAUUCCAUGGCCUGUGAUCAAGCAGAGGAGAGGACCUCAAAGUCCACAGAGGACACACCUUCUGAUCCCUCAAGAAACGCAAUCACAACAGACCAGACUGGUACCUCUGAGACUGGGACCAAACGGCCCAUGCCCUCUGACCCCAGUGGUGAUCAGAAUGUGAUCCCUGACCCUGGUGUGGACCGACCUAGGAAGCGCACCAGGGUCCAGGCUGCAGCGUCGCGCCUCCUCCCAAUUUCCAGUGGAGCAUCUGAGAGCUGCAGUGAAGUCCUUCACCGCAUGAACCUGGACCAUGUCUCAUACCAGGUCAAAUCUGAUUGGUUGAUCUGUAAAUAUGGAAACCAGUUGAUGGGAAACCAAGAUGGCAGCCAGAGGAGAUAUGACUACGUCAGUCAGAAACUGAGGGAGCUCGGCAGGUUCCUCCUGGCUGCUAAAGCUCUGGACUCUUCUGUUCAGACCCUCCAGGACGUCCUGACUCCUGGCCACCUCAACUUGGCACUGGCUGCUGCCAGAAAGGCGUCAGGAUACCGGUGGACCCGUCCCCCACUGGCAGUGAAGACAACACUGAAGACAGUCUGUGAGAUCGCUAUUGGAGAGAGUCUGCAGGAUGGAGACUGGGAGGCUGCAGCCAAAACUACCGACUUCUACCACAUGUUGGGGAGGGACUGGGACAACCUGGGGCUGCUGCACCCUGACCCAGCUGCUCCAGAAGGAGGAGCCAAGAUGAAGAAACGAUCUGUCCAAUCAAGAAGUGAGAAGUGUAAGAGCAGAGAUGAAGAGCAGUCUGACCCCAGACCAGAUGUCCCAUCUAAGAGCAGCAACAGACUGGUGACAUCCAUGAUUCCACCAGAGUCCAGACUGCAGACUCCUGUCACAGUGCCCGUGACCCCGAGGAAGGUUCGACGUCGCCCGUGGUCGUCCGCAGAGAAGGAAGCGGUGUGGAGACAGUUGGGAGCCCAUGUUCUUUUCCAGUCCGUGCCGGGGAAGGAAGUCUGUCAGCGAUGUUUGGACCUGGAGCCUGUCCUCAGAGGGCGACACUGGAAAGACAUCAAGAACCAGGUCCACAACCAAAUACAGACCCAAAAGAAGCAGCAGUUCCAUGCCCAGAUGGACCUUCAGGGGAACCAGGAACAAGACCAAAUUCAAAACCCGAAGAAACAGCAGCCACAGCAGUACCAGGCUCAAAUGGACCAACAGGGCAAAGACCCCACCCAGAACCAGAAGAAACAGCCGUGCCAUGCCCAGAUGGAUCAACAUGACCAGGAAAACAUUCAGAAUCAGAGGAAACAGCAGUACCAUACCCAGAUGGACCACCAGGACCACCUUCAAAUUCAGAAGAAGCAGCUGUGUCAUACUAGACUUGACCACCAAGACCAUAUCCAGGUGCAUAAGAAGCAGUUGUACUCAAUGGACCAGCAGACCCAGGGACUGCAGACCACGCUGGAUCAGGACACGACUAUACUGACAGAUACAACUUAUGGACCUGAUGGGCCCCAUCGAGCCCCAGGACAUUCACUUGUGGAGCGGGACCUUAUUAUAAGUCCAUACCCACUUCCACAUCGGGCCCCGGGGCCUCACAUGGACCAGCUGCUGUCUAGAACGGAGUGGACUGACGAGUCUUUGGCCCAGAACUACCCAAUCAGCAGGCAUCUGGCCAGGAACCUGCUCCAGGAUGUGCCCCAAGGAGGACCACUCCCCAAUCCACACUCUGGACAUGUCCACUUCUGAUGGCUGAGGUCCUGAGCAAAUGACUUUAUUAGAUCAGUAAAGAAACAAUGUCUCUUUUUUGUAAGGACCAGAAAACAUUGUUAUGGUCAGCUGUCCAUGAACAUCCUGUUUUUUUCCACCACAGGAACUUACAGACCCAGAACAUACUGCGUCCAGUUCAUUUAACCACAGUGAAGUUUGAAAAUCGCAUGUAAACAGAGUCUGAUGUGAGACGUAUUUAAAUAUUGAUAUGACACUGAAAUA